AAGCGGCUCCCAUUCGUAUCCAUGUUUCGUGGAUCCGCCAACUAUAUUGCCAAUCAUCGCAAUACUCUGGCCGUCUACCAUAUUCCCGGAGGUCUCCUCGACCAACCCGGCAACAACGUCUUUCGGGAUCUCAUGAACGACAUUGCCCUGACCUGGCUGCUGGGUAUGAAAAUUGUCCUAGUUGUCGGUUGCCGGCAUCAGAUCGCCAAACGCGUUGCCCAACACCAGUCAGAUUCAUCGCUGGAGGAAAAUUUACAGAGUCGCCACGGUUUGCGCGUCACGGAUGAAAAAACACUGCGCAUCGUCAAGGAAGAAGCUGGCUACGUUCGAUUCGAAGUGGAACGGCAAUUAGCACGCUCCUUGCGGAUGCAGGGUGGAGGGAUGGGGAAUGCUCCCGGUGUCGGAUCCACCGGACAAGGGUACUACGAUGGCAACGUCGUUUCGGGGAAUUUUUAUUCGGCACAGCCGUUCGGCAUUCUAGACGGAGUUGAUUUCAAGUAUACAGGGUUUGUUCGCCGCGUCGAAGUGGAAUGGAUUCGGCAAAAGCACAACAAUCGAGAUAUUUGUUUGAUGACUACCCUAGGAGUUAGCCCAUCGGGUGAAGUGUUCAACGUAAAUUCGGAGGCCUUGGCCGCCUCCGUUGCUGGGGCACUCGAAGCGAGUAAAGUCAUUUACUUCACCGAACAAGAAAUGGAACUGCGACACACACAGCACGGUAAAAAGAUCCAGAGCCUCCGCAUGUCGGACGCGAACAAUUUGCUUGAGUACUCGGGUGUCACUAUUCACAAAAAAGGUUUUGUACAGCUUGAUGAUGAACUGCACGAAAUGGACAAGGCUGCGUUGGACAUGCUGCUCAAAAUUGGAUGGUCUGUCCAAGCCUUGGAGAUGGGGGUGAAAAGGGCCCACAUUAUAUCACCCAAGCAUGGAGCUCUUUUGCAAGAACUGUACACGCGAGACGGUUCGGGCUUGUUGAUUUCGGGCGAUUUGUAUGACGGUAUUCGGCGAGCGAAUGUCCAUGAUGUGGCUGCUAUUCACGAUUUGAUCUCACCUUUGAUCCAGAUGGGUACCUUGAUUGAUCGUCCCAAAUCAGUUUUGGAAAAGGACGUUGAAUCGUACUACGUGUUUACUCGAGACAAUCACAUUGUAGCCUCCGGACAACUAAAGAUAUUUGAGAAUGGAUUUGCUGAAAUUGGUUGUUUGGUUGUCAAUCAAGGCUACAGAAGUCGAGGACGAGGAGAUGCCAUGUUGGGUUACCUAGAACGGCUGUGUUUGGUAAACAGCUGCAGUUCGAUCUUUGUGCUGAGCACGCAAACAAUGGAAUGGUUUGUUGAGCGAGGAUUUGAUGAAGUUGGAGUUGAUCGCUUGCCACCUUCACGACAAGCAACGUAUAAUUACAAGCGAAACAGCAAAAUAUACAUG